AUGGAGGCUGGAUUCGUGAGAGAACAGUCCAAUAAUCUUCCUGAAGCAACUUCAAUGAUGAUAUUUGACUUUUUCUGGGAGAACGAGAGAUUCAAAUUUAUUGAUGAUCCCGAUGAAGUGGAAGAUAAACUUAAGCCUGUUAUCUUCCCAAAUGAAAUAAAAUAUGAAGAUAGUUUAAGAAAAAAAGAAGAAAUAAAAGGAGAUUUUCAGAAAUCUGUCAAGCCAACUUUUGAUCCUGAUGUUGCUAAAAACAUGGGCUUUGAUGUUGAAAAGGUGGCUAAAUUUAUUAAAAAAGAGAAAGGUAUGGAAGAAGUAAAAGAAACCUUAGAGUCCUUUGCACAGCUUCCUGAUGAGGAGAUUUUUAAACGUUUAAAUUUAUCACAAUCUGAAUUAAUGCUGCUCCAAUUUCCCAGUUGCGUCACUGUUCCAGAAAGUAAUGUAGAUUUAGAUAACACUCCAGGUCAAAGAUCUCAACUGAAUGGAGAAACUAAUUUUUCUGAUGAGCAAAAAAAGAUUUCAACAUAUUUAUCUUCUUUGUCUGAAGGUCAUAUUGGCAAGCUUCAGUUACUGAAAUCAGGAAAAAUUAGAUUGAUAUUGGGUGCACUAAAAUUUGACUUAGAUUCCAUCACUCCUUUAAUUUCUAAGCAUGAAGUUGUAUCUAUUAGAACUAAUACUGAUGCAGGAGAAAUGGUUACUCUUGGAAAUAUGGAGCAAAAAAUAAUGUUUGAUCCUGAUGUUGAAAGUUUUUUUUAAAUAGAUUUUAUAUAAAAUAAAUCAUGUAUAUUUUGAACCACACAUUUAUAUUUUGAAUCAAAUAAUAUUUUAUCUAUCACAAAAUUUUAGAUUAUUUGAACAUUGUAUACAUUUCAGAUUCAUUCUGUAAAUAAAUACUAAUUGCUGUAAAAAUGGUUUUUUGUAAAGCAUACAUAUUUGUGACAAAUAUUUUUUAACAUUUGGUUUUAUCUACAAGGCAUGACAUGUAUCUCAAAAGCAAAGCAGAAAAAAAGGGCAUGAAAUUUGUAUCUGGUCCUAAAUAUUUUAAAUUUUUCAUUGAAGGUGUUUGCUAUUUCUCUUAAUCUUUUUUUUUUUUUUUUUUUUCCCCAACAUGCACGGUAACUAGAUGUUUCCCUCCCAUACAACUUUAGCUAUUUCAUAUGAUCCACUCAGAUUGCCUAUCAGCUUUCAAUUGUACAAGCAUAUGCCAAACAGAUUGUUAAUUGAUCCAGAGACAACACUUUUGCCAUUGUUAGGGAUCAUUAGUAUGUCCCGAUCAAACCA